CGGAUGCUCUCCCAAGCUCUCAGCAGUGCUCCUGAGCAGCCAAGGCUGCGGAAAGUGAGAGGCGGUGAGUUCGCUUACGUCACUUCAAGGGCCGGGAGGAAGCAGGUCAGGGACCAGCUCCAGAGGGACGCCUUCGGACUGCGGUGACCGGCCUGCUGCUGUCUCACUGCCCUGCAGUGUCAGUGCUGCCCUAGGAGAAGAUGGGAAAGGGUUGCAAGGUUGUCAUUUGUGGGUUGCUGUCUGUUGGGAAAACUGCAAUUUUGGAGCAACUCCUUUAUGGGAAUCACACUAUUGGGAUGGAAGACUGUGAAACGCUGGAAGACGUGUACAUGGCAUCUGUAGAGACAGACCGUGGGGUGAAGGAGCAGCUGCACUUGUAUGACACCCGAGGCCUGCAGAAAGGUGUGGAGCUGCCAAAGCAUUACUUCUCAUUUGCUGAUGGCUUUGUUCUUGUGUAUAGUGUGAAUAACCUCGAGUCCUUCCAAAGAGUGGAGCUUCUGAAGAAAGAGAUUGAUAAGUUCAAAGACAAAAAGGAGGUGGCAAUCGUUGUGUUAGGAAACAAACUGGACCUUUCUGAGCAGAGACAGGUGGAUGCUGACGUGGCACAACAGUGGGCAAGAAGUGAGAAAGUCAAGCUGUGGGAGGUGACAGUGACAGACCGGAGGACACUGAUUGAGCCCUUCACUUUACUGGCCAGCAAGCUUUCUCAGCCCCAGAGCAAAUCCAGCUUCCCUUUGCCUGGGAGGAAAAACAAAGGGAACUCCAAUCCCGAAAACUGAGUCAAGCCUUGAAAUGUCUAUAGCCUGGCACAAGGUUACGAUUUAACAUGGCCCUUCACAGAUCACCUCUGGGCCUAAUGGAACCCCUAAGUGGUAAUUUAAUGCACUUUAUAAUUAAGUUAAUUACUUUAUAAUUAACCUAGUUUAUUGCUGUUGGACAUUAUUUUGUCUUUAUUUGAAACCUGUUCUUAUUUUGUUAUUUAUUCUGCACUUGUCAAUAAUAGCAAAAUAAAAUUUAGAGUAUGCAGUAUACCAUGGGAACUCUUCCAGCUUGUCAGACUCUCAUACUCGUUGUAAUUUUAUGCAAAUGCAUUAUCUUUCCAUAAACGCAUGAAUAACAGAGGUGGCUGGGCUCGCUUGGCAAAGGACCUUCCCCACUGAGUCAUCUUAACAGGCCCAGAACUCUUGUUUUACACAGGGCUAGAGAGACUGCUCAGCAGGUAAGGCUGAUGCCUUGCAGAAGAGCCGGGUCCAACUUCUAGCACCUAUAACAGAUUCCAAGGGAUUCAGUGUCUUCUCUUGGUUUCUUCAGACAUUUCAUACACUUAGUGCUCAUAUAUACAUGCAGGGAAAAUCACUCAUACACAUAGAAUAAUAUCUAAACUUUUUUAAAGGUUAAUUAUCUUAAGAUUAUAAAGCUUGGCAAUUGCUUUAUGUACCUAAUUUGUCCCAAUAACAAUUUGGAUCUCUGUGAGUUAAAUUCUCAGUUUACAGAGGCUUUGCUGAACAGAACAAAAGUGGUGGUUUUGUUUUGCUCUAUUAAGUAUUAAGAUCUUAGGGUUAGGAUGAGGUGCUUUUGUAUUCAGUGCCCUGAUUUUAUUCUAUAAGCUAGGCCUGUGCUGGUGAUAAAAUUAAAUACUAGAGGGUCUUUUGAAAAUGGCUAGAGUGAAGAACGGGGAAACAUCUCUUUUCUUCUAAUAACCUUACCAUAUACAAUAAAAAACCAGAAAUAGACUUACCAUUAGUUUUCCAUAUAAAUCUGAGUUUACAAUUUAAUUUAUGGAAAAUCUUACCAAGAUCUGGGCAUUGUAUUAAAAAAGAUUGCCAACCCUAUACGAAGAACUAGGAAAUAAGUUGUUUAGUGUUUUCAACUGUAAAUAAUUUUUAACCAUUUAACUGAAAAGCAAAAUAUGAAACAAGGUAUAGUAAAGAAUUCAUUAAGUAUGGAACCUUCAACCAUCAGCAUUGCUGCUGCUUGCUUUGCUGUUGGUGGUACUGUAGACUGAACUCAAGGCUUCACACCGUAUCAUUAGCCUUUUUGAGGAAGGGUUUGUUUGUUUGUUGGUUUUUCGAGACAGGGUUUUUCCCUGUAGCUCUGGCUGUCCUGGAACUCAUUCUGGAGACCAGGCUGGCCUUGAACUCAGGAAUCAGUCGGCCUCUGCCUCCCAGGUACUGGGAUUAAAGGUGUGUGCCACCACUGCCUGGCGAGAAAGGGUCUUAAUAAAUUACCCAGGCUUUGAACUUGGAAUCUUUGUGCCCAGACACCCUGAAUACUGGGAUUACAGCCACCCGGUUUGCCCUUCAUCCCACUAAACACUGGCUGGUUGGAACUAUGUAGACCAGGCUAGCCUUGAUCUCAAGUCCUCCUCAGCUGGGAUUAAAGUUCUGUACCAUUAUACAGUCUUGGCCAAGUCUUUUUUUUAAAAAAACAUACUUUUUUGGUUAUCCCUCAGGUUAAGUCAGCCUGCCCUUCCAGGUAUUUAUCUUUCGGUUUUUUCUUCUGAUAUAUUUUAUAUAGAUUCUGCCUGGAGUUUCUGUUUUUUCUUUUGGCUGCAUUUAGAUCUUGUGCUUUAAAAUACAUGGAAUUGUUUAUGUAAUUAAACUGCCUUUUGAGACAGGGUGUCAUGUAGCCUAGGCUAGUCUCACACCCAGUGUGUAGCUGAGGAUGACUUUGCACUUUAAUCCUCUGGCAUCCACUCACCCUGGGAUGAAGGUGUGAAUGCUGUUAUGCUCAGCUUUCACUUGAAUGAGUCUGGAGCAAUAGCCAGCAGCAGUACUACUGAGUCAUGGAGCCUGCUCUGCAAGAUGAGCACCAGCUCACCAGAGUGGCUCAUUUCUCCUGUGUCUGCUGCCACUUCAUCUGCAGAUCAGAAAAUGCUUUGAGCAACAGGCAUUGAGUAUAUCUUUGAAGCUUAGCUGGCUUACACUGUUUAUUGGGUUUUUAUUAAUUUUGUUUUGUUUUUUGAGACAGGGUUUCUCUGUGUAGCCCUGGCUGUCCUGGAACUCACUCUGUAGACCAGGCUGGCCUCAAACUCAGAAUUCUGCCUGCCCUGCCUCCCGAGUGCUGGGAUUAAAGGCGUGCGCCACCACUGCCUGGCUGUUUAUUGUUUUUAAGAUAUCUCCAGGGGGCUAAAGAGAUGGCUCAGGGGUUAAGAGCGCUGACUAUCCAGAGGUCCUGAGUUCAAUGCCCAGCAACCACUUGGUGGCUCACAACCAUAUGUAACAGGAUCUGAUGCCCUCUUCUGGUGUGUCUGAGGACAGCUACAGUGUCUUUAUUUAUACACAUAAAUAAAGUCGUAAAAAGACAUCUCCAAAAUGUGCUGUGUAAGUAUCAGUUCUGGCAUAUAUUAAGUGAUAAGUAUUCCUUAACCUGCUUUCAGAAGCAAAGACUGCAGAGAGGAAAUGAACACAGCAGGGUCAGUAGUUGUUCUUAAUAUUGUUUAUUAGCACAAAUGCAGACAUAAGAAGUCUAAACCAAUUGACUGAACAAUUCCUAUUCCACACUUACAGUUAACAGCUUAAGGUAUUUCACUACAGGUUUCCACAAAUCGUGAUUCAACCCUUGAAGUAAUUUGCAUAUAAGAUAAAAUACAUUAACUACAUGGUGUCUUGUAGCCAGGUGUCCAUUUUACAUAUACGAGGUAACAAACUCAUCUUUGCAAACUUGUUAAAUACCAUUGUUUCCUUUUAAGAAGGAAAAACAAAUUCCAUUUUUUUUUUAACAAGAAAAUAGGACUUUACAUAAAUGACAUGUACCUAUACAAAUUUAAGCUGAUCAAUGGAACACAAGUAUCUACACAUGCUUUCUUUUGUACUAAAAGUCAGCUAAUCUUGCAAAGUUUCAGCUCUAAAAGUCGCUAUUACCAGUUUGUCUACUGUAGCAAGAUACCUUAAGUUACAACAAAAUCCUGGGAAGUAAGACUGAAUAAUAUCUGAUAUAGAAAUAGCCUACUCUUUACCAACUCCCACCCCCACCCUUUCAAAAUCAUAAGCAGCUCUCUUCUGUGACAGACUGAAAACCCAGUUUAUGUAGCGUAUCUCUUGGUCCACUGUCUGGCCAUUCUGUCGUGCUCUGCUCUGUUGGUCAUGUACUGAGUGGCAAUACUUCCCACCAAAGGGUCGGCUGGAAGAAAAAUAUGUUUGUUACUUUGGAGAAAGAAAAUCAGACACUUUGCCCAUGUCUGAAACACUUGUUGUCAGAAGGUGUUUUCUUCUAAUCUUUAAAAACAGUUUUUAAAAAGGUUUAUUUUAUGUUUUUGGGUACUCUGCAGGUUAUGAAUGUGGGCCCCUAGUGGGUGCUGGGAGCUGAACCCCUCUGCAGGAACACUUGCUCUUCAGCUGGGCCUCUGUUUUAGCCCUUCUAAUCUUAUCUAGAAGGGUGGGAGGAGUGGCCUUGGCUUUAUUUUCUUAUUCUUCUUUAGUUCUCUCCCAACAAGUGACACUCUUUGUUCUCCUUGUGUAUGACCAAGGCUCCAAGACCAAAUUUGUUCAACCAAUUAGAGCUGUAGAUAUUGGGAAGUCUCUCUGGCUGGUGCAAUUGGCAGUAUCUAUUGUAUAAUGUAUGCUUGGAAAAGGCUAAAACCCAGACUUACAAAUAAAUGUGUUUCUCUGAAAAUGGAAUGCCUAGUUAUAUUUGUAUAUUUAAGCAGAAAAAUAAUCUUUCUUUUUAAAAA